GGAGGACUUAUAUUUUCUAUUUGCACUUGACUAUGUACGGGCACUUGCUACUGGGAGCAGUGCUGCUCUCGCUAGCUUCCUUCGGUGCAGGGCAGUUGGAGAACAAUUGUUCGAUCGAGAACACUCAAGGAUGCCGCCUAGCAAGGCCACCUAUUUACAUGAUCCUGGCACCGAAACGGGUGAGACCUAAUCAGGUGAUCCAGAUGUUUACUACCAUCCUGAAGCUGGAAUAUACACACGUUAAUGUCCGAAUAUCCAUCGUCAAGGAGAACAUUGAAUACACUGGGACUGUGAUGAAGUUUGAGAGGCCGUCCAGCAGGAUAAUGCAGUUGCAGAUGCCACAAAAUGCACAAGCUGGGCAGUACAGACUCAGGGUGGAGGGAACUCUCAAUGGCAGCACAAGUGGUUACAUAUUCCACAAUGAGACCGACAUUGAGUUCGACACCAAACAAGCCUCUCUCUUCAUCCAGAUGAGCAAGCCAAUAUACAGACAAGGACAGAUGGUUCAAUUCCGAGUAAUUCCUGUUCUUCCUGACAUGAUGCCCAAAUAUGGUAAUAUGACGAUAUAUGUUGAGGAUCCAACUGGAAUUCCUGUGAGAAGAUGGCUGGGUUUGCAGACAAAUGCAGGAGGUCUUGUGAGUCAAAGCUUUGAACUUGCUGACCAGCCAAACUAUGGUAACUGGAGCAUCAGAGUGGAUGCCUUCGGACACACGUACAGGAAACGGUUUGUUGUGGAAGAAUUUUGGGAGCCUCGUUUUGACGUGUACGUCUCAGUUCCCCCAUACAUUAUGGACAACAUCCAGAUCUUCCAGGGCGUGGUGCUAGCCAAUCAGACAAGUGGUCGUCCUGUGAUCGGCAAUGCCUCCAUUACGUUGACGUUCAAGCCCAAGCCAGUACCAGGAGUUGACUACACUUAUAACCUGCCCUACAUUUACAGGUUUAUUGAAUACCAUGUUGGUCGUAUCGAUUUCCAAUUCACCAUCAAGGAAAUUCGCCAGCUGGCCGACAGAAUUAUAGCUGGUCAGAAUUUAGUGGACUGCGAACUUGUAAUGAGUGUCAACGUCUCAGAUUGGCAUUCUGGUCUGAACCGGACUGGGGUUGCCAGCACCAUCAUUUUUAACAGCAACGUGAAGCUAAAGUGGGUCGGGGACCACGUACGGACAUUCAAGCCAAACUCCAUCAUAACAGUUGCAGUCGCCGUGAUGAAGUACGAUGGGACGCCAGUGGAUACACCCAAUAAGAUCGUGCGUCUGUACUCCUCCAUGUCUAACUCGGGGUCCUGCCCAGCUGCGGUACGAUCACCAGUGGACAAGUCACCUGUAGGAGGCAUCGUGGAGUUCGAGGUGUAUGCUGAUACAGAGGUCAAGGGCAUGAUGCUGGAGGCCGAAUAUGACAAUGAUCCUACAACUCGUAUUCAACUCCGCGGAACGCGAUUCUUCUCUCAAAACCAGAGUUACAUCACCAUAGCAACCUCAACAGACAACCCAAAAGUCAAUGAAAACAUGAUCUUCCAUGUGGAGACCAGCAACUUUGUUUCAAAGAUUUUCUACCUGGUGGUGUCAGGGGGAAACAUCAUCAUUGGAGAUGAGCUGGAGAUGACGUCAAGGCAGAAGACAUUUGCCAUAGCGUUGUCCCGGGAGAUGAUCCCCACGGCCAGGAUGGUUGUGUAUUAUCUGCAACAACCAGAGGAGAUUGUAGUCGAUGUCCUCAACUUCUUCGUCAACGGAACCAGACAGAACCAGGUCACACUAGAAAUCAACCGAGGCAAGGACUUCAGCCGUGACACUAUUGAGUUUAAUGCCUGGGCCGACCCUGGCUCAUAUGUUGCCUUCGCAGGCGUGCCCGUGGACUUGUACAAUCGGGGAAUGGAUGACGGCAUCAGUGAAAAUCAGCUGAUCGAUGAGCUGGGGACUUAUGACCAGCCAGCCAAUGGCAGCUACCGCCAUCUGUGGAGAAUCAGCGACACAGAGUAUGAGUACAAGUUCUUCCAUGCCUCCGACUACGGCAUAGACACCAACACAACAUUCAAGACGUCUGGCCUCCUCAUACUGACAGAUGCAGAUGUUGGAAGGCUUAACAAUGUACAAUCCUGUGAGGAGCAGGGUCAGUUCCCCUGUUAUACUGUAGACUCCUGUUACACGAGGGAGCAAAUAUGCGAUAAAGUCUUCACUUGUCCUGACGGUGCGGAUGAGCAGGGAUGCACAUACGAAGAUAAUCAAGUAUGGCAUGCAUCUGCCAUGAAUAGAGUGAGCAGAAUUAUGCGUUUCUAUGACAACAGUUCCUGGGCUUGGCAGGAAAUCUUUGUUAAACCUGACGGACGUGUAGAUUUCCGUGUGGAUGUUCCUAAGUACCCUCUCUCGUGGGUGAUCAAUGGCCUGUCCGUGAGCAGAGAACUUGGUCUUGGAAUCAUGCAGAGACCAGUCCUGUAUGAUGCUGCCCGUUACAUGUACAUCCAAGUAGAAGCACCUGAAACCAUUGUGAGAGGAGAGCAGAUUGGAGUGAGAGUCACUGUCUUCAACUACUGGUACAAUGAUGACUACAUUGAGGUGGUUGUCACCAUGCAUGGUGGCCCAGACUAUGAGUUUGUGGUGGUGACCGACAUGGGCAUUGUCGACCGCUACAAACCAAUCCCAAAAGAACCCACCACCCACGAGGGAGACGAUCAGACCAUUGUCAUUUUGGAGCCUGGGGAGUCGAAGGACAUCUACAUGCCCAUUGUGCCAACGAUAAUCCAGGGAGAGUUCACUUUCCGUGUAAGCGCCUCGUGUUUCAUGGAGCGGGACGAGGUGUACAGGAAGGUUAAUGUACAGCCUGAUGGUGUGAGGAACUAUUAUCACACUCCAUACCUGAUUGAUCUCAUCACCUAUGGCUCCAUUAUCAUCCCUGACCUUGAUGUUCCGGUGCCAGAACAGCGUGUUGUGCCAGAGCAGCGAGAACACUUGCAUGUGCCUGAAUCAGCAGUAGCACAUCUCAGUAUUUUUGGUGAUGUGGUAACUCCUGGGUUCUUUGAGGACUAUCUGAAUGCUGAGAACGUCUUGUGGCGUCCGUACGGGACCGGAGAGAACAUUGCCUUCAUACUUGCCUACAAUCUACUGACGUUGAGGUUCAUGAAGGCCAGUCAGCAGCUGAGUGAAGAGGCUCUCCAGAAAGCUCUCUACUACAUGAACAUAGUUCUACAGAGACAGAUGGGGUACAUGAAUGACGAUGGGUCAUUCCGCAUGUUCCGAGAUGAUCCAACUCCCAGUCUGUGGUUAACAGCCUUUGUGGCCAAGAGUUUGCAUCAAGGGAGGUUUGGAGAGUGGGAACGUGACCUCUUCAUCCCACUAGAGCUCAUCAAUAAGAUGGUGGUGUGGAUCUGUCGGCAACAAAAUGAGACUGGCGCCUUCCAUCCAGAUCACUCAGUGGCAUAUGACAGGAAAAUGGCUUCUGGAGACAACAUCCUCAGCCAGAGACUAUAUGACGACCCGAUAUCGUUAACAGCAUAUGUUCUCAUUGCUCUGUACGAAACUACAGAUGUUUCAGAGGAUGCUCUGGCAUGCCUGGACUCGUCAAGAGCCAGAGCAGCUAACUACCUGGCCAAUAAAGUGAAUUCCAUACCAUCCACAGCGACAUUCCAGUUAUCCAUCACAGCUUACGCUCUCUCCCUCAGUCAGGAGAAGAAUCGCACAGCCUUCAAUAAACUCUGGGAUACCAGGAGAACAAGUACGGAUACUUACUUUUCGGAUGCCGAAGUGCCUUCCAACCCAUCAGAAAUUGUAAACACUGUUCGUUUUCUGAAGCCUCGUCAGGAACUGCGCAAUGAUGCUUACGCUACUCAAGCAACAGCAUAUGCUCUGAUGGCACACAUUAACAACAAUGGGGUCAAGUUUGAACGUGAUUCCAUGAUGCGCUGGCUACAGACAAUGAGGAACAGCAUUGGAGGCUUUACUUCCACACAGGAUACUCUUGUUGCCAUGGAAGCACUGUUCCAGUUCACUCAAGUUGACCCCAACAGAAAUGACUUUAACAUUAUGGUGAAACUGGAAUCUACUGCCUCCCCUAACUGGGCGUUCACCCAAUUCUUCACCAAGGCCAACAACACAAAGUUGCAGAAUGCCUAUCUACCUUUGGUAUAUGGCGCCAUCAAGACCCUGGCCAAAGGAACAGGUCGAGCCCUCUUGCAGCUAACAACCACUGUGUAUGUUGAACAAGCAUGGCUGCUGAAACCAACACAGGAUGAACAGAAAUUCUUUGACCUGAUGAUUGACUACUACACUUUUACAGGAAGAAACGGCUCUAUCUUUGAGAUGUCUCCUUGUGUUAGCUGGGCAUACACUGAGAAGAGCCUGACCAGUGGCCUCGCUGUCCUGGAAAUCGACAUCCCUACUGGCUACAUGGUCAUGAACAACACACUGCAUGAAUAUGUUCAAUCUGGCAUUGUGCCCAAUCUCUGGCAAGCAGAAUUCUACGGCAGGAAAGUCGUAUACUACUUUGAAUAUCUUAACCGGAGCAGGACCUGUGUAUAUUUCCGGGCAGACCGUUGGUACCCAGUAGCUAAUGCCUCCAUCCCAUACCACAUCAGGGUGUUUGACUACUAUGAACCUGGAAUGCACAAUUCAUCGAUCUAUACGACCAACACCUUGUCCAGAAUGAACAUCUGCUUUGUGUGUGGUUCCUACCAAUGUCCAUUCUGUCCAUUUUUCAAUGCAGCUGUCGUCCUCAAAGCCAGCAUCUCAAUGACAGCUGUCAUACUUGGAUUCAUCAUCAAACAAUAUUUGAUAACAUGAUAAAACAAUUGAGCUUUCUGUCACAUCCUUCACCUUUAGCCUGCUGAGUUAAUUUCAGCAUAAGGCGUUGUAAAGAGGGUGGGUGAUUUCAAACAGUUGGUGUGGCAUCAAAUAUGGGACAACUGAAAAAAUAUUUUGCACAUUAAUACUAGAUAGAAAAAUGAACAUUGUUAUCCAAAACUAUCCUGAUAUUUUCAAACAUACAGAGGUUAAGGCCAAAGCAAACAUAAAUAAUGUAACCUUUCUUGAAUUUACCGGAAUUACUUGAUUGACAGUGGAAUGCGUUUGAUAUUAGGAACUUUUGUUGAUAUUAGGACCAUCACUUGUUUCUACACUGAAUAUGUAGAUAAGAUAAUUGUGAGGCAUGUUAUUCAUUCCAUACAUAAUUCAAAUGACAUGUAAAUCGUAUUUGGUAAAUAGUGAUUGCAAGUUAUAUUUGAUGAUGUUAUUAUGCUACUCUUGUGUCGAAUGGGUUCGACGGCAGCAUUGAGAGGAUUAAGUAUCAAGUUGUUAUCAAAGAAAUGCCCUGCUCAACACACAACUGUGUGUAUCAUUUCAACAUGAUUAUCAUGAUGUAGAUAUAGAAACAUCUCGUGUUUAUAUACCUAAUAUUAAAACGAUGUCUGUUCA